UCCUUACAAGCCAUCUGCCUCUCUACCUGAGCCAGGAGCUCUACUCCCUGCUCUGUGACAUACACCUUUUCAUAGCUGCAGAGGGAGACAGAUUGUUUGUUUUCUCGUCAAUAUUUUUUGCAUCUGGAGAAUUUUAAGCUAUGCCAGCUUGUAAGCUGCUGUUGCAUCACAUGAGAGGAAACCCAUAUCUGCUUUCUGAAUCCUUGGAUUYAAGCAGGAUUUAACAUGAGCAACACAUCCUGGAGAAGCCUUUUCUGCUCUGCUCUCUUGAGUGCAGUCAUAUUCCUGGACAGGCAGACAGCUGCAACCCUGGAAGGCUCCUCUAUGGGAGACCCAGGUGGACCUUACUCUCAGGAGCCCGAGGCAUUCCCACACAUCAUUCGAGUGUCUGACGUGAAGGUGUCCAAUGAAAGCCACGCAGUCAUGGCUCGGCAGAAAAGGAACACCUUUUUUCAGAGUGGACUCCGACUUUGUGGACAAGAGACAGCUGAGCAAGUUGUUUCACAACAUCUGAGUUACUUUCACCUCAGAGUGUGCCAGGAGACCAUWUGGGAGGCUUUCAAGAUCUUCUGGGAUCGAGUCCCUGAGCAAAAAGAGUACCAAAGCUGGAUGAGCCAGUGCCAGGAUGGUGCAGUCACUGCACAGGAUAUCAGCAGAUACUUUAGUCAAUCAGAGGAGCACCAGGCUCUGGUUAAAUGGAGAAUGUCACAUGCAGGUCCUAACAGUGAGCCCACCAGGUCCUGGCAGCAUAUGUGCAGCACACCUACUUCAGCAAGUCCAGAAGUUUUUGAUGCUCCUAAGUUAGAAGUUACAGAAAAGGAGGAAGCAGCUCCUAUCAUACCAGAGGAGAGUCCAGUUGGAUGGCAUUGUGGUCGACUAUGCAGUGACAGUGGGGGUGGAUGGAGCAGGGGUGAGUUUGGAGCAGCUGAACUACCUGACCUUGCAGUCAAACCGGGUGGAAAACUCGUAUCGUGAGAUCCAGGCGCACCCCACCAUGGUCUAUAGCAUCAGUGAAGUGAAAAAUGUUUUCUCUGGUUCCACAGUGUCUCUGGUUUCGGAAUCUGUCAGCACUGCAGGCAAAGUCACGGGCAGUGUUGUUGAUGAACUCCCAGAGGUCAUGACCCUUGAUGAGCAUGGUGGGGAUGCCACUCUGUCCGGACCUUCAGAAACCAACACRGUGACAUCAGCAGAUAAUGAUGUUGUUGUUUUGGAGGAGAGUGCAGUCGUGUCUCCUGCAGUUGUGUUUAACAACGAUGGACCUGAAGCUGGCAGCAUUGAAGARGAAGGACUGUUGUUAGAAGAGGCUGUGGCAGCUCCAGAAACCAUCUCAUCUAAAGAACACCUACCUGAACCUCCCUCCAAUGAACUACCAAAGAGCCCCAUGCUGUCUGAACCACCAGUGGAAAGCGAGGCGUCUGGCUCAGGCCCAGMUCAUCUGGACAACCUAAAUGAACCUUCUACAAGCACUGCAGAAGAUGAAGAAGUGUCCCUCAACGGGAAUGAGGAUGAUAUAUCUGAAGGUGAAGAAGAGAGGGUUGCUGCUACGGAGGRAGAACCUACUGAUGCUUCUUUAAAAGAACAUAUCAAUGAAGCUGAAAUCUUAGAGGAGCUUGAGAUAUCCACGAUUUCAACUGAAACCACAGAAGAGAGAGACCCACCUGCGAUUUUACCACCUGCAGAAGCUGAAGUUCUGGGAAGUGAAUCAGCUUCAGCAGAAAUGACUCCACUGUUAGAUAGUGUURAUCUUGUGGUUGGAACAGCAGAGGACUUUGUUGUGGAAGUUAACCUCAACAAGCCUGAAGAAGAUGCAACUAUUAAUGUGUUGCUGACCCAUCCUGAGGAACCUGCAUUUGAAGAAACAGGCUUUGAGGAYGUGAUAGAGAGCACAGGGCAGGAGAUAAAGGAUGAGAAAUCAUCUGACACUGUGGUGGUCCAGGAAGAGGCGCCUCUUGCACCAGAGAUCCUAAUUGAAGAGCUUGUAGAGGAUGAGAUUUUACUGGUGAACAAAGAAGAUCCUGACCUAUCAGCAUCAGGUUCUCCAAGUUCUCCCCGACCAACCUUGUUGUCUGCAGAUGUGGAAUCACCUUUUACCAUUAUCUCGGACAUUAUCACAGAUACUAAAGGCCAACCUGAUACAGCCAUCACUUUAUUGUUGGAGAUACCAACCAUUCAUGAGGACUUUGGGGAUGCCACUCCAGAAGACCAGGAUUAUGGUGUGGUCUCGUUUGAUUAUGGGUUGAAGAACCACACAGAAGAAGGUAGCACUGGAUCUCCGUUUAGUGUGGUGGAUGACACAGACCAGGCCAGUAUUGCCAUGCCUGCAAGCCCCAGACGAGCUCUGAUGGUCUUCUUCAGUCUGAGAGUGACCAACAUGGUCUUUUCAGAAGAUCUUUUUAACAAGAGCUCCCCAGAGUAUAAAGCUUUGGAGCAACGCUUUCUGGAGCUGCUCGUGCCAUACCUCCAGUCUAACCUGAGCUACUUUGAGAACCUGGAGAUCCUGAACUUCAGGAAUGGGAGCAUUGUGAUCAACAGCCGGAUGAGGUUUGGGAAGCCUGUGGCACGUGGCGUCACCACCACUGUUUAUCUGAUUCUGGAGGACUUCUGCAACACUGCUUACCAGACCAUGAACUUAGCCAUUGAUAAAUAUUCGCUGGAUGUGGAAUCAGGUGACCAAGCAGACCCCUGUAAGUUCCAGGCGUGUAACGAGUACGCAGAGUGUAAAGUCAACAAGUGGUCAGGGGAGGCCGAGUGUGUUUGUAACGCAGGUUACUUCAGUGUGGAUGGCCUCCCCUGUCAGAGUAUCUGUGAGCUGCAGAUGGACUUUUGCCUCAAUGACGGCAAAUGUGACAUCAUCGCUGGCCAGGGAGCCAUCUGCAGGUGCCGUGUCGGGGAGAACUGGUGGUACAGAGGUGAACACUGUGAGGAGUACGUGUCAGAGCCACUGGUAGUUGGCAUCGCGAUCGCCUCUGUAGCCGGCUUCCUGUUGGUGGCAUCCGGAGUCCUCUUCUUCUUGGCCCGGACGUUACGGGACCAGUAUGACAAAGAUGAGACUGAGGAUCCUGUACGGCGAAUAGAAAGUCUCCCGUCUAUAGACAGGGCGACCAAAUACAACCCCAUGUAUGAAAGUGAAGCCACAACAGGCUACAGCCACUACUAUCGCCGUUACCCCGAGCCCCCCAUGUACAGCAGUGCCAGCGCUGAGGCCUCCACAGACUUCAGCAGUGAGGAGAUACGACACAUCUACGAGAACAGCGAGCUGACCAAAGAGGAAAUCCAAGACAGAAUUCGCAUCAUUGAGCUCUAUGCUAAGGAUCGCCAGUUUGCAGACUUUGUGAGACAACAUCAAGCUGUCAUGGACACCCGGCGAGAAAGCUCCUCUGUGCAGACAUGAAACUGUCAUGUGGACAAUAAGGAACAUCCUUCACUGAUUUAAAAAAGCUCCUCGUCAAGAAGUUUCUCUGUUCACAACACUCCUCCAAGCCUGAGUUGUGUUUGUUUGACCUUCCUGCAGCACUUUGAGAACCUGGACAGUAAUGCUGCAGCUGUCCUUGUCUGUCUGUGCCGAGGCGCUGACAGUUCAUCCACCUUCCUUUGUGCCUUUUCUCCACUGGCUGAGCUUCUCUUGACAUUCUGGUCCAUGUUUGCUGCUUACCUGCUGGACUUGAUUCUGUAGGACCACACUCUGUUACUUGAAGUAUUGUCAGACACAUGAAUAUAAAACCAUGAAGUAUUAUUGUUUAACGGUAUUAUUGUUUGCUUAUGUGGUAAAGGCCUUCUCGUGAAAGAGAAGAACAUAAACUAUGAAUUUAUAUUUAGUUAAACUGGUUAUCUUUUUUUGUCUUUCUGAUUCUUUUAGCUUUUAUCACACAGGGAUUUGGGAGCAGUUUGUUGGUGCUAUUUUAAUUGGAAAUGCUCCUUGAAAUGUAGAUGUGUUUCAUUUCAAAGCAGGAUUAGUUAAUUAACUUUACAGUGAAAUAAAACAGUUUGAGGGGAAUAUCCGAGAAGCUAAAUUGCAGUUUCAUAAUUGUUUCACUGAUGUGUGUCGGCCUGCUGUAUAUCUGAGGUGAAUCACAUUGAACACACAAAAACACACAGGUCUCCUGUCGAUGCUGAAAUGAAAGACUGAAUGUUUUACUGACUCUUUCCAUUAAAGUAUAGCAGCUAGCUGCAGUUUGGACUGUAACAGCAUGUCUUCAUAAAGUUCUGCUAGAUGUUGUGACAUGUUCAUUCUCAUGAUUAGUUAUAAUGGAGUUUGGCAUUUUCCUUUUUUUUCACAAGUUUAUUUGUGUUUAGUGUCUGCAUGGUAACAAGCUGUCAAGUUGUGUGUAGAUUUUAUCCAGGCAAAACUCAGGAGUCCAGAAAACCAAAAGUUUUAAUUACACAAAACAAAAUGCUGAAGGGGCAACAGAAAAACCCACUUUUAAAGACAGUGGGGACCUCAGAGGACCAACCAGACUGGCAACAGGAUGCACAGUGAACCGACAGAAUGUAUAGGUGACGAAACAAGUGGAGACGAACACAGAUCUUCACACAAGCACCAAGUAGUUUGCAAAUGUGACAAAGUCUACAUGGAUAAAAAUACAAUUAAACUGUUAGAGCAAAUAAGAAGUGAGAACUAGAGAAACGGCACAUACAGAUUUAGAUAUUAGUUCUUUCAACAAUCAAAAUUGAAUUAAUUAAUUAAUUAAUAAUAAUAAUUAUAAAUAAAUUUUUUAUAAGUAGGAAGGAAGAAACUGAUGUCUGUGGACACUGCUUUAUUAAUUGCUCCACAUUCACAUCACCCCUUUUCAAUACUUCAAAAGAAAUAUUUAAGAUUUUUUUUUAAGUGGGGUUCUUUGGAGAUGUUAUAAGCAGUCAGUAACUUACCUGCAGUGGAUUAAAUGUCUUUACUUUUUGGAAAAAAAUAAUAUAUAUGUUUAAGUAAGCAGCAUGAUGGCUCAGUUGGUAUAGCCUCUCAGCAAAAAGGUUGCUGAAUUGAAUCCGGGCCGGGGUUCUUUCUAAGUUUGUAUAUUCUUUCUGUGCAAGUGUGGGUGUUCUCUGGGUACUCUGGUUUCCUCUCAAAGACCAAAACCAUGAAUAUUUGGUUAAUUGGUAACUCUAAAUUGUCCCUAGGUGUGAGUGAGAGAGUGAAUGGUUGUUUGUCUCUAUGUGGACC